CGCUGCUCCUCGACAGCCGCCGUCAGGCGUGCGGCGGAAACGGAAGCGGCCGGCGCCGCCGCGGCGGGAGGGAUGAAACCGGCACCGGGGCGGCAGCGGCUCCCGGUGCUGCUCUUGUUGUUCCUGCCCUUCCUGCCCCUGGAAGUUGCAGGCACCAAGGAUCCCAUCAUCCCGCUCCAGGAGGGCCACGUGUCCGUGCACAACAAAUCCCAGCGCUUCUGCUACACCAACACCCGCGUCCCGCAAUGGCACGACAUCUGGACCAGGACACAGAUCCGCCUCACCAGCAGCCGGAUGAUCCGCGUCACCCAGGUGGACAGCGAGGAGGAGCUGGAGAAGUUCAGCGUGUGGAACGUGGUGUUCUCCUUCCUGCGGGGCAAGCUCAACGACACCAGCAUCGACGUGGAUCUCUACAGCAACAAAACCUGCCUCAAGGUCGAGCUGCUGGAGCCYGCCACCAACUACUCCGUCGUCCUCUUCCGACGCUUUGACCCUAAGCUGUUCCUUGUCUUCUUCCUGGGCCUGUUGUUGUUUUUCUGUGGGGACACGCUGAGCAGGAGCCAAAUUUUCUACUACUCGGCCGGCAUCAGCGUUGGGCUGUUGGCCUCGCUGCUCGUCCUCGUCUACAUGAUGUCCAAGGUCAUGCCCAAGAAAAGUCCUGUGUACUUUCUGCUGGUUGGAGGUUGGUCCUUCUCCCUGUACCUGCUUCAGCUGAUCUUCAAGAACCUGCGGGAGAUCUGCAGGUACUACUGGCAGUACCUGUUAGGUUACCUGCUCUUCGUGGGCCUCCUGAGCUUCGCYGUGUGCUACAGGUACGGCCCCUUGGAGAACGAGCGCAGCAUCAACCUCCUGUCCUGGGCCCUGCAGCUCCUGGGGUUGCUGCUGAUGUACUCGGGCAUCCAGAUCCACCCCAUCGCCCUGAGCCUGGUGUUCAUUGCCAUCUGCACCAAGAACCUGGAUUAUCCCUUGCAGUGGGCCUUCGCUGCCUACAGGUGAGGCCUGAGGGAUUCCAGCUGCUCACA